CUACAACAAAAGCAUAUGUAUGUAUUUAUUUUAUAUUUUCCUUUUCCACAGCCCAAGGGAAAGAAGGCUAAGGGGAAGAAGGUGGCUCCGGCCCCUUCAGUGGCCAAGAAGCAUGAGGCCAAAAAAGUCGUGAACCCCCUGUUUGAGAAGAGGCCAAAAAACUUUGGCAUCGGCCAGGAUAUUCAGCCCAAGCGUGAUUUGACACGCUUUGUUAAAUGGCCCCGUUACAUCCGCCUGCAGAGGCAGCGCUCCAUUCUCUACAAACGUCUGAAGGUUCCUCCUGCAAUCAACCAGUUCACCCAGGCCCUGGACCGCCAGACUGCCACACAGCUGUUCAAGCUGGCCCACAAAUACAGGCCAGAGACCAAGCAGGAGAAGAAGCAGAGGCUUCUGGCUCGUGCUGAGCAGAAGGCUGCUGGAAAGGGAGACACCCCAACCAAGAGGCCCCCAGUCCUCCGUGCAGGUGUGAACACUGUCACAUCCCUGGUAGAGAGCAAGAAAGCCCAGUUGGUCAUCAUUGCUCAUGAUGUUGAUCCAAUUGAGCUCGUUGUCUUCUUGCCAGCCUUGUGCCGCAAGAUGGGCGUUCCAUACUGCAUUGUUAAGGGCAAGGCCAGACUGGGCAGACUGGUGCACAGAAAGACAUGCACUUCUGUUGCCUUCACACAGAUUAACCCUGAGGAUAAAGGUGCACUGGCCAAGCUUGUUGAAGCUAUCAAGACCAACUACAAUGACAGAUACGAGGAGAUCCGUCGUCACUGGGGCGGUGGUAUCAUGGGACCCAAGUCCACAGCUCGUAUCGCCAAGCUGGAGAAGGCAAAGGCCAAGGAACUGGCUACCAAACUUGGUUAAAUUGUUUGAAAUAAAAAAUGUAUGUCCUAUUGGA